AUUAUUAUGGUAGGCGUGGUUUGGGCGUGGUAGCCACGUGUAAACAACAUGGAGAAAGAUUUAUUCGGGGAGGAUAGCAGUGUGGAAGAGGACAGCAGCGAAGAGGAAGAGCUAACGGCUAAGAAGAAGGUAGAAGGAAAAGGGAACGAAGAAGGCAGUGUACGAGGUGCUUCAACAAGCUCCACCUCCUCAUCAGGAUCCUCUAGUGAACAAGAUACUAAAGAUGUAGAGGAGCCUAUGAGCCAUACCCAAUUGGGCGGAGAACUCACUGACAGUCAAUUCCCAGAUACUCAAGAUCUUUUCGGAGCCGAUUCUUCUGAUUUAUCAAGUGGAGGUAGCGAUAAAGAAGAUGAGAAGGUUCCUACUGAAGUCCCACCCACUGCAUCAGAGCCUCAGCCUUCAACAAUACCGGAAUCUGCAAGGAACAUUUUUGGAGACGAAGAUGACAUCUCUUCAUCCGAUAAUGAUGAGAGUGGUGCACUAAUGGAGACACACCCACCAGAAGAACCACAUCCUCCACAAGAAGAAGAGGAGGUCCCUAGGAUUGAAGUAGAGAUACCGCGGGUCUCUGCAGAUCUUGGUACUGACCUACACUUUGUAAAACUCCCAAAUUUUUUAUCAAUUGAGACGAGGCCGUUUGAUCCUGUUCUUUAUGAAGAUGAAGGUGAUGAUGAUGGAGAUGUUCUUGAUGAAGAUGGCCGGGCUCGGCUUAAACUCAAAGUUGAAAACACUAUCAGAUGGCGUAAGACGGUCAACGAAAAUGGAGAAGAAGUGAAGGAGAGUAAUUCACGUAUUGUUCAAUGGAGUGAUGGAAGUAUGUCACUGUAUCUAGGCAGUGAGAUAUUUGAUAUUCAUUGUCAGCCAUUGCAAAGAGAAUAUAGUCACCUGUUUGUGAGACAAGGUACUGGCCUGCAAGGUCAGGCCGUAUUCAAGAACAAGAUCAGUUUCAGGCCACACUCAACUGACAGUCAAACUCAUCGCAAGAUGACACUGUCUAUUGCCGACAGGUUCUCAAGGGCACAAAAAAUUCGUGUGCUGCCAGUGGUGGAAAAAGACCCUGAGUCAAGGCGCUCUGAAAUGAUAAAAGACGAGGAAAAGAAGCUAAGAGAAUCUGUGAAGUUAAGAAGCCAGCAACAAAAAGUAAAGAAGAAGUUUCCACGCAGGGGACUGACUGCGUCUUACCUAGAGCCCGAUAUACUUAUGGGUGAAGAUGAUGGAGAGAGUUUGUCUGCUAUUAAAUCAUCUGUUAAAUCAAGAAUGAAGCAAGCAGUUACAAGAGGAAAGAAGCCUUCUAAGAAAACGUCAUCUGUGAAGAGAAGAGGAAGGAAAGUUUUAAGCGUGCCCGCAUUGCGGGCUUGUUGUGGGUGUGGCUGGUAA